AGAAAGACUAUUUAUAUAAAUUCUAUAUUUUAACAAGAUUUGCUGUAGACUCGUGUCGAUUGGCCUAAAAAAGGGUGAUUGGCCCGCCCCCCCUUUGAAUCGUCCUACACAAGAGAGGGGGGGGGAUCAUCCGACAAAAUAAAAAAGAAACACCCCACGAGCCUAGGUAACAUAAAUAGACAAGACUCCAAACUGUCGAAUUUGGCGCAUCUUGAAUUUAUAAAUAUCCAAGAUACCCAUAUUUAGUUGCUCGUCUCACUUUUUUUUAUUAAAAAUAAUCAGAAAAAACGAUCGCCUUUAAAUCUUUUUUCUUUUUCGCAAAUCCCUUUUUUUAUUUUUAUUUUUUUUAUUUUCUGUUUAAUUUAUUCCUCCACUCCUUUUUUUUUUUUUUCUUCUAAAACAUAAUAAUAAAAAAAAUAAAAAUGCAAAACGAAAUACCUAAAUUACCUUCAAUACAAUCGAUGCUUGAAGGUGUUUCUCUGUCUGAGACUACGGACAACCCACGACAGAAAAGUUAUCGUUCUCUUGGGCAUAAAAGACAUGCAUCAGAACAAUCGGGUGCGUUUACACAAGCCUCUUCUUCUUCUUCAUCAUCAAUGACGAGCAUGCACGGUACGCUGGAAAAGCUAUCUAUCCACCCUAUAAUACCUCUGGAGCCUAAACUCCAUAAUCCACGUAGUGCAAGUCAUUCACCACCACUACUGAGUGAUCCUAUACCUGCUCACACAUUGUACCCUUUUCCUACUCGUAUCUCCCAUCUUCAAAACCACCAUCGAUCACCACGAAACUUACAUUCCCGUUCGUUUUCUGAUUAUACCCACCCUUAUGUCAACGGUACUCAAUUAGCUCCUCUUCAACCUCAUACUUUUCAACAGCACCAUCGUCGCGCUGUUUCCACAAACACAUUGGAUCUGAUUCUUCAACCAUUGAUGCAAAGACCUUUGGAUCAGUAUAACCCUCCUUCCCUCUGUGCAUCUUCUUCUACCUCCACUGUCACUACCAACGCAGAUACCAACGGUAACGAAGAAGGAUAUUCAUCCGAUGAAUCCAUCCUCAUGACUACCACUACCACUACGAUAAAGCCCACAAGCAAAGAAUCUGUUGUGGCAGCCGUUGUCACCACCACAGGUCGAUCCGUUUCUCCUGCACACCUUGUGGAAGCGGACCCAUCAGCAGCAGCAAUAAGUAAUAACAAAUACAACUGUCCUUACUGUAACAAGGGAUUUUCACGACCUUCCUCACUUCGUAUUCACACGUAUUCACAUACGGGAGAACGACCUUUUGAAUGUCCGGAGAACGGAUGUUCACGUAAAUUUAGUGUGCAGAGUAAUAUGCGACGCCAUUUACGAGUUCAUCGAUUGGGUCGACCAUUGAAAAGAAACGGGGGGUUAAUUUCUCCGGCUGACCGAGCUCAGCUUAUCAACAAACCUUUGGCUGCCAAGCCCACCAACUGGAUUGGUGUUACCGUGCAUCCAUCUCUUUAAAAAAAAAAAAAAAUUGGUGUGAUUAUACAUAUAUAUAUAUAUAUUUAUGUGGAUGAGAGGUGUAUCCUACCAUAGCAUGUAUAUUCAAAAUAUAUAUAUAUAUAUAUAAAAAAAAAAAAAAAAAAAAAACUCAAAUAAAAAGGAUGCAGGUUUUCAUCAUGAUCAUCAUUUUCUUGUUUACCAAAGGGAUU